AUGGUGAACCCGGAGGGCAGCGAGGUGGGGGGUGCGCUGUCUUGCUGCCUGCCGUGCGCCGGCGGCGGCGCUGGCACCGGGACUAGCUCUAACGCCCCGAGGGUUUUGCCCACCAGCAGCAGUGGUGGCAUCGAUAAGUACUUGGAGCUCCACCAGCACCAUUACCCCCACCCAUACAUUAUCGUACAGCAGCACAAAAAGCAACAACAGCAACUGAGACAAUACUCCAGUAACGUUAGUAGUGGGGUUGCCAACGAAAAGGAGCUGGAGGGCAUCAAAGGAGCCAAGGUUGAGGUAGAGAAGGAAGAGGAGGAGCGUUUACCUCUUGGUCUUGACGAAUACCUGGGGGACCUCGAAGAGGAGGAGGAUGAUAUUGGAGAGGAAGAGAUUGAAGAUGUUGUGGAGCACCAAGAUGGGGCCUACGAGACUGGUGGCCAGCACCGACUCAGUCCCCGGCUCCAUGACAUUGAGGAAGAAGAUGAUGAGGAGUGUCGCAAUAUUCGUGAUAGACGUUAUCAAAAAAAGUCGCCAACGCCAAGCGGUGGAGGUGGUAGUACUAGUAGGACGGGUUGGCGAACACGUAGAAGCGUUACCACAGCUGGUCCAACAGUACAUUGUCACCACGUAAUCGCUACAGCUGUUGCUACGGCGCAGUCAAAGAUGCAGGCUGAGCAGGGGAGCAUAGGAGAGCUAAGGGGUUAUCACAACCUCAGGUCCCGAAGGCACACCCUGGCUAAUGUUCGAACUAGAACUCUCACAAAUUAA